AUGUGUCGACCCGUUCUCUUCAAAUCGCCGACCUGUCUCCAUCGGUGGUUCACCAUCGGUUACCCCUGCGGAAAGGGAAAUGGUUUCAACAACUGCUCGAAGUUGACCGGCAUCAACAUCCUCCCCUUUAGUGUGGGAUGUACUCUCACCUCCUGGCCCAAAUCAUGCCCCGUAUGCAACCUGGAGGGAGACUAUGAUCGAAAUCUGAUCCGAAUGGUCCAGUCCCCUGCUUAUUACGGUGUCAGACACAGAGUUGGCAAAAAUUUGAUCGUUGAUCAACGAAUUCCGAUGUGCACAAUGAUCUUCACAAAAAGCGGUGCAUAG